CUGAGCCAAUCAACCAAUCAGAAUGGGCAAGAGAAAAAACACACUGCCUAACGGGCUCACCGAUACACACACACGCCAAAAAUAAAUAAAUAAAAUAACUCCGUCAGUUAAUCAUCAUCAUCUACUAAGGAACUAGCACAAACAGGUGAUUUACGAUUGAACCAGUGCCUCUCAGAAUGAAUCAAAUGAAGACAGAUGAGAAAUAUCAGCUGCCUGUUGACCAGCAAAAGAGCUGCAAACAGAACAAUGGGCUUUUUCAAAGAGUUCCUGCCACGAUAAUGCCUAAUAAGGUAGAGAACCUGCCAUCGAUGGCUAUGACUAGGACACAAACACUCCAGUAUCCAUUAAGCACUUCUCUUCAGUGCUGUGGAGGGAUCCAGAAUAUGGCACCGCACCCCUAUACUGUGUAUUCCUUACCAGGCACUCCGGUCAACUUCCAAAUCCGUUCACAGAUGCUGGCAUCAAUUGCCACGGCCAGCACAUGCACACCAAGUCCUCCACCAGAAACCUGUACCCCUGGUGACCUGACUGGCUGCCAGCUGCGUAACCCCACCUCCAGCCUCCCUCAGGGUGUCGCAGGGCCCAGUGCUCACAGCUCCCAGAAACUUAUAGAGGAUGCCUUACAGAAGAGGGAGCUGCGCUUGAUGAAGAACAGGGAAGCUGCCCGUGAGUGUCGGCGGAAGAAGAAGGAAUAUGUCAGGUGCCUUGAGAAUCGCGUGGCCAUGCUGGAAAAUCAAAAUAAGACUCUGAUAGAAGAGCUUAGAGCCUUAAAAGACAUCUAUCGUCACAAAGUGGAGUGAUGGGGAAUCGGGAUUGUGUGGACUGUGUCGGUUUGUUUCUGUGGCCUAUCUUGAGGACUCUGUGUACAUAUACACGCACUCCAACGAACACACACCCUUUGUAGUUGCUGAUUAAAUGUGUUUACACAAUGA